CUUCGAUGAUUCCUGACGUGGACGGCUGCGGUUCGUUAUCCAUUUCCUUUUUAAUUUUCCCUAACAUUACACUCACGAACACUAAGGCUCUUGUACUUAAUUUAAUACAAGUAAAAAAUUACAAUUAAAUUACAAAUAAAAAACGCGGGGAAAAUUGCACGAGCCCCUUAAAUGCGCCUCCUCUAGCGGUUCGGAUACAUGUAUGGUAGCAGACGACAUGUAGCCGUGACGUCAGCUUACGCAUGCGCAGAAAGGAAUUCCUCGAAGGAAAAAUCCCACGAAUGUCCGUCACUGCCGCGACAUCUGACUACGGGCGACCGGAACAACAGUUCGCGACUGGCGACGCAUCGGUGAAUGUUUCGGCGAUAUGUCGUUUGAGGCCAGUCGUGGUUCCGCGACACGUUUGAUCGCCGCGAGGACGAAAAUGGUAACGUGCACGCCGCGGUAUCAUCGCCAGGUGAGGUACCGGGGCUGCCUUUGACGCUGUUCGCGUUCGUUUCGUGCUCGUUCCAGGCGAACGUAACGGCGGUGUGCGUGCGAGUAUCGCGCGUAUAUAUAUAUAUACAUAUAUAUAUAUAUAUAUGGUGUCUGAAAAGAGGUGAUCGGUGCGACGAGGAGAGGAACUGGACGUGGAGAAAGAAAGAAAAGAAAAGGAAAAAUAAAGAAGGCAAGCACGCGCUGUGGAUGAAUGCACGCACGGACGUAUAUAUACGCAGCCGGGAGGAAACGAGAGGGCCGCGGGGGGAGGUUGAAUGAGAGCUGGCGGGAAGUGAGCGAGAGAGUGCGCGAGUGAGUGAGUGAGAGGGACGGACGAUAUAAGACAAAGACGUACUGGCGAGCGAAGCGUGGAGCGAGGCGAGGGCGAGUUAAAAAAUACGGUUCCAUGCGCGUGGCGUGCUCGGGAACGAUUGCUGGUACGUCUCGAAGUCCACUCUUCGCCAUCGAUGCAUCGAAGACAGGACACGGUCACCCAGGCGUACGUUUUCAAAACAAACGGAAGGCUCCUAUCGUCAAAAAAUCUCCAGAGGAGAGGGAGGGACUCGAAGAGGUUAAAGGGAAGAUACCAUAGAAAACUAACCCUAUAUAUGUACGUAUGUACGUAUAUAUGUGUACAUAUAUAUUUAUACAUAGAUAGAUAGAGUGAUAACGAAUAAAAGAUAGAAACCAAUACAUAUAUGUCUGCAUGUACGUAUAUAUGGAGGAAACUGUCCCUACACCAUGGAGGAAAGUCAUCUGUUGAUGACAGAGCUCCCAGUGUUGCCCACCAACCGUGGCACGACGCUCCUCCACCGUUCAGGACACUACUACCAGCUGCACCAGCCGCACCUGGCCAUACCGAGCUCUCAGAGCCAAGGUAUCCUCUACAACCCCGCCACUACGCCGCAUUACACCAGCGGCGUCAGCCUGCCAGGGUACACGCAGAGCAUCCUGUCCAGGCAGCAGCCCCAAGUCGCCAGAGACAACGUCCCGACAAGCACGCACAUCUCUUGCCUUUAUCCAGAGAUACUGGCGUUGAUCUUUAGCUACCUGGAAGUCAGGGACAAGGGAUGCGCUGCUCAAGUGUGCAUAGCGUGGAGAGACGCAGCGUACCAUCGGUCCGUUUGGAGGGGAGUCGAGGCAAAGUUGCACCUGAGGAAGCAGGCACCUGCGUUGUUCGCUAGCCUAGUAAAGAGGGGAGUGAAGAGGGUGCAGGUGCUGUCGCUGAGGAGAGGCCUCGGGGACGUUCUUAAGGGCAUACCGAACUUGGAGUCGCUGAACCUCUCAGGCUGCUACAACAUCAACGACCUAGCCUUGAUGAAAGCGUUCUCCCAGGAAUACCCCAUGCUCACCGAGCUGAACCUUUCGUUGUGCAAACAAGUGUCGGACAUUACUCUUAGUUGUAUAGCGAAGUAUCUGCAGAAUCUGGAGCACCUGGAGCUCGGUGGCUGCAGGAACAUCACCAACGACGGGCUGCUGUGCAUAGCUUGGUACUUGAAAAAGCUGAAGAGGCUGGAUCUGAGAAGCUGCUGGCAGGUGUGCAACGAUGGCAUCGCUUAUCUAGCAGGUAUACAUCCGCAGACACAUAGUGCGAGCUUCCUGAUGGAGCAGUUCGCUGGUAUAGUUAACUUCGACGCAGCUGGUGGGAACUUUGCCCUGGAACAUUUGAGUCUUCAAGAUUGCCAGAGGGUGACCGAUGAGGCCCUGCGGCACAUAUCCACAGGAUUGACCACCUUGAAGUCCAUCAACCUCUCCUUCUGCGUCUGCAUCGGCGACACAGGCGUGAAACACCUGGCCAAGAUGUCCAGCUUGAGGGAGCUGAACCUCAGGUCCUGCGACAACAUCUCCGACGUCGGCAUGGCUUACUUGGCCGAAGGUGGGAGCAGAAUCUCCUCGCUGGACGUGUCGUUCUGCGACAAGAUCAGCGACCAAGCUCUGGUUCACAUUUCUCAGGGGCUGUUCAACCUGAAGUCUCUGUCGCUGUCCGCCUGCCAGAUCAGCGACGAGGGCAUCUGCAAGAUCGCCCAGACCCUCCACGACCUGGAGACGUUGAACAUCGGCCAGUGCAGCAGGUUGACGGACAAGGGCCUCUACACGAUCGCGGAGAGCAUGAAGCACUUGAAGUGCAUCGACCUCUACGGAUGCACCAGGAUAAGCACCAGCGGGCUCGAGAGGAUCAUGAAGCUGCCACAGCUGAGCACGUUGAAUCUUGGUCUAUGGCACGUGCGGUGAUGGCUUUUUCUAAACAGUAUUCAGGAUUUGCGUCCCAUCCGCGGAACGACCGAGGCGUCUCGUCCGAUUGCUCGAUGAACGAUUAUCAAUUUUCACCUUUUUACCAAAUUACACGCGGAUACGAUACGCCUUCUUCGUUCACGUUCUCGUUGUAAUGCGGUUGCUAGACUGGGGAUGUUUCUGUAUUUAUGAAAGGAGGACGGAUUGGGAUGUGGAAGGGCUACGGAGAAUAUCAAUGGUGGUAUUCGUGGUACAUUGUUUAUAGGACAGACUUUUAUAUGAGCUUAAAUUCUUGUUACGUAUGAAAAUAGGAAUUUGUACAAUGGAAAUACGAAUGGGAAAAGGAAAUAUUGAUCAAUCUAUGAAAUCAAAUGCAAAAGUAUAGAGAAUAUCAAGGGUAACAUUCAGGUUACGUUGCUUAAAAAAUAGGAUAAACUUUUGUACAAGCUUAAAUUCAUUUCUGUAUGAAGAUAUCAAUUUGUAGAAUGAAAAUACUAAUGGCAAGAGGAAAUAUUGAUCAAUCUAUGAAAAUAAAUGCAAAAGUGCAGAGAAUAUCAAAGGUAAUAUUCAUGUUACGUUGCUUAGAAAAUAGGAUAAACUUUUGUACAAGCUUAAAUUCAUUUCUGUAUGAAAAUACUAGUGAAACUAUAGAGAAAUUUAGGAAAUUGUCAUUCUACAGGAAUAAUGUACGUGUUACACUGUUUAAAAAAUACUACAAAAUUUUGUAUGAACUUACAUUUAUUUCUGUAUGAAGAUAUGAAUUGAAAUGAAAAUGCAAUUUGGAAGUGUAGAAAAAUGAAUGAAAAUAUGUCUAAACGAAGGUACAUAUAAACAAUAUAAAUAUAAACAAGGAAAUUAAACAAUAAUGUACACGUUAGACUGUUUAUAAAAUAGGACAAACUUUUGCCUAAGAUAAAUUUGCAUAAACAUCCGCAGUCUAGCAAUAAUCUACUGCUCCCGUUUCGCCUACGAUAUAUCCUUUGAAUAGAAGCGUUACCAUCAGAGGGUAAAACGCAUAUACGUGUCUAUGGCAUUCUUUGAACGAAUGUACAUUUACCCUUUGAGUAAAGAUGUUACCGUCAGAGAGUGAAACGUAUAUAUGCGUCUACAGCGUUCUUCAAAUCGAAAUAUAAGUAUUGACCUGAGUAGAGAUGUUAACGUCACAGGGUAAAACGCAUAUACGAAUCACUGGCAUUCUUCAAACGCAUAUAUGCGUUUACCCUCAAGGUACAGAUCGUACCAUCACAGGGUGUCCGAAAAAUGUUGGAGUUACUUGAAAAAGGAGGUCCGGAAGGUGAUUUGAAACAACUUUUUCCUUAGCGAAAAUGUUGUCCAAGGCUUC